GUGUUGGUAGUUUGCUUCCUGGGGAUCCUCACAUAUUUUGAAGUGACAAUUGAUUCGGAAUCGUCGUUUUACGCUUCACAGCUUACAAUCGAGCUUGCACUUCUUCUUUUGAUACUCGCUGUUAUUGCGUUCGAAAAUGUUGGUCUACGUCUUCUUUUACUUCUUGCCGUAGUCGUUGCGCUGUUCAUAAAUGUAUUCGAAGUUGGCUACUUUCUGCUCUACAAUCGCCAUUCGCCAGAGUGUCGUAACAUAUAUAUGUUUGGCAUCAAAGUAUGUAUCUCCACACAACCUCCAUUUACGCACCACAGUACUGUAGCCGCUAGUUUCCUUGCAUUAUUCCACGUGAUCCUGAUUGUUCUGGCCACUGGCUUACUGGCAUCGCAUCCAGGCACACUGUGCGAUCUAGUGGAACGAACCAACCCGCAGGUGGUUAGGCGCUACUUGCGACAGACUAACAAUAAGUCGUUCCAUAUGGAGUACUACGUGGAGAAUGGUGUGUUCGUCGGAUCUGGCACGGAAACCACCAACAAAGCGGUAGGUUACCAAUGA